CAAAGCUGUGUGUUAAAGAGAAAUUUGCAACAAAUACAAUAAAAUAUUUUGUGGCGAUCACACUGGAAUGGGUAAUAGAUCGUGAUGUGAAGAAAAGAAGAAUGGUUGGUCAGUUGUACCAUGACCUUAUUGUAGAAAAUCUUCUCUCAGUAGAUCAGUUACUUGAAGGCUCUCAAAGCACACUCAGAAUGACAGAGGAUUAUAUAAUUGAUAUCCCUCAAGUAUGUGACUAUCUGGGAGAAGUAUUCGCUCCCUGCCUGAAUGAUAAUGCUGUCUCUCUAAAAAGACUUCUAGAACUAGCCAGUUUUGCUAAGAGCAAGAAAGCAAAUGUAUUUGCCUGUAUUUUAGCAAAAGCAUCACAGAUCAUGUCUCCUAACAAGGUAGCUGAUAUGUGGAAUACCUCUGGUCUUAGUUGGUGUUCUAUAAUUCCCCCUGGUGAAAGUAAUGAAGCUUUCCUUGACAAACAUGUAAGUAAAUGUGUAUUUUUUUUUUAUCUUAUCCAGUAUCCAUAAUUUCAUGGGUUACAU